UUCUUCCCCGACUGCCACGUAAUAGCUAAGGCUACGCAAGCGGCGCAUCCUUGUUGAACUUCCUACCCGGCUCGGUUCACCCAAACCCGGGGACAGGAAUAAGAUUCAUACCGCUUACUCGGACACGGGGGAGUCAUGGGGGGAACACAGAGCGUGGAGAUUCCUGGAGGAGGCUCGGAAGGCUAUCAUGUCCUCAGGGUGCAGGAGAACUCGCCUGGACACCGGGCCGGACUCGAGCCGUUCUUCGACUUCAUCGUGUCCAUCAAUAACACCAGACUGAACAAGGACAAUGACACACUGAAGGAUCUGCUGAAGGCCAACGUGGAGAAGCCGGUGAAGAUGCUAGUGUACAGCAGUAAGACUCUGGAGCUGCGUGAGGCCACGGUCACACCCAGCAACAUGUGGGGCGGUCAGGGGCUCCUGGGGGUCAGCAUCCGCUUCUGCAGCUUCGAGGGAGCCAACGAGAACGUGUGGCAUGUCCUGGAAAUAGAACCGAACUCUCCAGCUGCUCUGGCAGGACUGAGGCCGCACACAGACUACAUCAUCGGGGCCGACACUGUCAUGAACGAGUCUGAGGACUUGUUCUCAUUGAUAGAGACUCAUGAAGGUAAAGGACUGAAGCUGUAUGUUUAUAACACGGAUACGGACAGCUGCAGAGAAGUCAUCAUAACUCCCAACAGCGCCUGGGGUGGAGAGGGCAGUCUGGGUUGUGGUAUCGGCUACGGUUACCUGCACAGGAUUCCCACUCGGCCGUUCGAGGAGGGGAAGAAGAUCAGCUUCCCCACACACACUCCCUGUGCGCCAGCGAGCCCGCUGAAGGACGGCUUCACCGAGGUUCAGCUCUCUGCAGUAACACCUCCUGUUACACCGCCCGCCCCCACCGGACUUGAGGAUAGCCUGUCUGGGCUGUCAAUCAGUUCGGCUCCUCCCACUAUACCCACUGAGCUUCAGACAGGUAUGCCUACAGUCCCCCUGCUGCCCACUCAGGUCACCCCGGCCAUGGGCACUCUGCCCUCGGUCAACCCCGCCACUACGGUACCAGGGUUAAUGGCGUUACCUGCUGGCCUUCCCCCGCUGCCCAACCUGCCUAACCUCCCCAACCUGAACAUCCCUCUCCCAGACCUCAGCGGGGUAUCGUUAACGGGAAUCCCUGGCCUUCCUUCUUCCACCACUGGUUUACCGUCUUUGCCUCCUCACGCCCCCCUCCCUCCACUCAACUUGCCUGGCAUGGCCCCGAUUCCCAGCAUGCCUGGCGUUUUGCCCUCCACUCUUCCCUCUACUCUACCCACAAUGUCUAGCAUGUCCCUUCCCUCUGACCUCGUUCCGCACGUCACCCCGGCAACCUCAUCCCUGACGCCCAAUCAGACGCCAGCGCUCAUACUUGACGCUACGCCGAAUGCCGCCACCGUGACCGAGACCCCCGCAGAGACGCCCAUCAUCACGGCGACGAGCACGCAUGUCCACGUCGCCACAGAGUCGUCAUAACAACCAGGCUUUUUAUCUGCAUCCUAAAACAGGCCUGUCUCUCUCUCUCCCUCUCUCCCCCCCUCUCUCUCUCUCUCUCCCUCCCCCAUAUAAAAAGCUAUAUAUCUCUCACUCCCUCACUAUGAUCCUGUCUCAGAAAAUGUAUUUAUUCAGUCUAUAAAGAUCCAGCGAGCAGAACGAAACUCGAAUCGCUCACGAAGACACACCGAGAAGGACGAGGACGGACAGUAGGACCGGGUGCAUGCGGGUAAAAGGACGGGGUUUUAAAUCCAGACACAUCCAGAGAGGCCUGGGGGUUAAUAUUAAUCGGUUGAAAAUGAGAGUUGCUUAUAUUCCACUAGAAUAAAUCUGCGUGAGAUUAGGCUUUAGGCAUCAUUUCACAGUAUUCUAUAUGCAGCACUACUUUUCUUUUUUUCUUUUACCGUCCUGCUACGUUUAUAAAACGAGAAUCUACAAGGUUUAAGGAUACAAAGCAUACACUUGUGCUUUUAUCAGCUUAAAAAAUGAUCCAGUGAUAAAUCAUGGAUUUUAAGAACUUGUCAGUGACACUGUAGUGACGAUUUAUAUAUACAUAUACACACGUAUACACACACGUAGCCUCUCUGGAUCGUCUUUCUAUUCCAUCUGGGUUUUUUUUUUCCUUUUGGAGAUUUGUUUCUUUCUUUAUAUUUUUAUUGUUUUUUUUUUUGUUUUUUUUUUCUCUAACAGGAAGGUUACUAAAGUUAUGGUAUCACUAAAGUCCACGUUAUUGUCCAUUACAUGUACGGAUCGUAUGUUUCCCUUGUUGUGAUUUAGACUUUUUAUUUGAGUUAAAGCGGGAUUGUGUGCGUGUGUGAGGGGAAGAGAGCGAAAUUGUGUCCUCUCUCUCUCAGUGAGCUCUUUCUGCUGAUUAGAUUAACACGUACAGAAACUCAUACACACUAUAUAGAACAGUGAAGAAGGGGAAUUAUUUGAGCUUGUGCAGAAUUGAAAACUUGUGACAAAAGCACACAAGCAAUAAAGUACCUGAGGUUUUACAGUA